AUGGACGCACCAAACUUCAUCGACCACGACCUCUGGGGCUCCCUCCACCCACGCAAUGCCACCAACCUCGUCCGCAUCGACUUCUUUACGAUUAACAGCCUCAUCAAAAUCGGGCGGAAUCCGUACACGAAUAAUGUUGUUCUUCCUGGGACGAGAGUUAGUAACCGUCAUUGCGAGAUUCGGUGGGAGCACAAGACGGCCGUUGUGACUGAUUUUUCCAGCAAUGGGACUUGGGUCAACGACGUUAAGCUCGGUGUGAACAAAUUAUGCAUCCUCAAGGACGGAGACGAAAUCGCCUUUGGAACGACAAUGCCACAGGAAACUGAGGAUUAUCGCUUCGUCUUCCACACCCACAAGACAAGCCUCAAGGAAUACGACCGCGGCGAACUCUACAAGCACUACGACAUAGCCCACAAAAUCGGCGAAGGGAGUUUCGGCACGGUGAGCAAGGGGAUGUCUUUGAAAACCGGAGAGUUCGUCGCCAUCAAGAUCAUCCUACUCCCUAGGUCCCCCGGCCAAGCGCGUACGGUCCGGCGCAACAUGGCGAGGGAGGUGAACAUUAUGAGUAAUGUCGACCAUCCGAAUAUCUGCAAGUUGAAGGAUGUGUAUGAUCAUGAGAAUGAUAAUUCGAUCAAUUUAGUUAUGGAGCUGGUUGAGGGGGGGAGUUUGUUUGAGUAUAUUAAUAAAGGCUUGACACGGAGCGAAGGCGCGACGAAGCUCAUUACUUGGCAGAUCUGUGAAGCUGUCAAGUACCUCCACGAUCGCGGCGUCACACACAGAGACAUCAAGCCUGAAAACAUCCUCCUAACCAAGACCGACCCCCCACUCGUCAAGAUCGCCGACUUUGGGCUGGCCAAGGUCGUAGACCACCUCACUAUGCUUCGCACGAACUGUGGAACCUCGUACUACCGGGCUCCGGAGACGUAUGUCAAGAAGAGGCAGGUUGGGAUGUAUGAUUAUCUGGCGGAUAGUUGGAGUGUGGGGGUUGUUGUAUUCGAAAUGCUCACAAAUGAGUUCCCUUCAGACGAGACAACAGCUCCAGACCCGAAGAUCAAGUGGACCUUGUUAGACAGAGCGGGUGCUAGUUCUGACGCCAAGGACUUUAUUGACUGCCUCUUGCAAGCCGACCCCGCGUUGAGGAUGUCGAUGAGGAACGCGCUGAACCAUUGGUGGAUCAAAUGUGAGGAACGGGAGCUUUGGAGGUGGAGGGCGGGGGUGCUGGAGAAGUUGGUGGAGAAUAAGGAUGCGCUUUACGACGAGGCAUAUCGGAAGUAA